AUGGACAUGCGGUUGGGCCCAUCAACACUGGCAGUCAUGGCCAUCGCUCGUGACGAGUGUCAGAGCUUUCCUUCUUGGCUGGCGCACUACCGAGCGCAGGGAGUCACGACCUUCCACAUUAUUGACAACAACUCAACUGAUUGGACCCGACGCGGCUGCCUCAACGUGCUAAGAACGCCCGACGUCAUUAUCCACUCAUGGCCGUUCACGGCACGUGACCUGGCGACUGCCAAGGCUGAAGGACGGUACUCCUGUCCGAGCGAUAACCAGAGCACCACCGGUGUCGAGCCGGCAACGUGCGGCAGUAUUCAGGUGGCGGCUUACAAUACGGUCCUCCCCCACGUGGCGUCGGAGUGGAUAAUGCCAGUCGACCUAGACGAGUACGCGUUUGGCGUGCGGCAAACGCUCGCAUCCUUUCUCGCCUCGUCCCUUCCCAGCGUACGGCAAGUCUGCAUCCCCUGGCUUAUCUUUGGCUCCAGCAACCGCACGGUGCAGCCCGCAUGUAUUGCACGGGACCUCGUUCGCCGAGCCAAGGACUUUGAGACCAAUGGGAAGUGUGUCCAGCGCACGCGAUAUACGAGACGCAUCGAGGUGCACCGAUCCGUGAUGCACGGCAAGAUGCAUCAUUACAAAGCUCCCGCCGUGCGCUUGCAUCAUUACAAAGCUCAAUCACAGGAAUCUAUCGAGCGGAAGAUGAGCAACAGGGAGAGCACAAUGUUUGAAAGUGUUUUCAAUCGGCAGUCGGCAGGGUUUUGGCUGAACCGGGACAGGCCAAGGUAUAACGAGGUUGUCGACACGGCCUUGGCCGAGCGAGCCGCUUGCCCGCACAACUACGUCUAG